ACGGCCGAACGGCUACAGCUUGCGCCUAGCGGCGCGGUGCGAAUCACCUACGUCACAGUGAAGUAUGUGCUCUCGAGUGUAGAAAAUGGCUGCGCUCUCCGGUGCUGCGGAUCGGCGCGGAUGUAAAUAUGGCCUGUGGCUCAGCCUGCUAGUGUUUGUCGUGCAUUUCGCCGGUGUUCUGGGCAUCACUUGUUACUGCGAGGGCCAUUGUCCGGAGGAGGAGAAGCAGAAUGGGACCUGCGAAGGACGGCCAGGCAGCCAAUGCUUCAGCGCGGUGGAGGAAGUUUGGGACGCCGAUGCGCAGGAUUUCGUGCCCGAGUGGUCCUUCGGCUGCCUGCCGCCGGCCGAACAGGGCUUCAUGCAGUGCAAGGGCAAUCUGGUGCCCCACCUGCAAGUGAAAAGCAUCAAGUGCUGCAAUCACAGUUCUCUGUGCAACAAGGAUCAAUUUCCCGAGUAUAGUCCUCGACCUAAACCCACCGUGUCUCCCCAUCCGAUCACCAUCGCGUCGGGAGCGGCACAGGUCAUCAUUCUGUCGGUAGGCCUGUCGGUCAUCUUCAUGGUCAUUUCGAUAUCGAUAGGGCUCGUCUAUCACCGCUGCCGCAAGAAAGAGAGGGACCCGUGUCUGGUGCCGUCACAGGGCACCUUGAAGGACUUCAUCGAUCAGAGCAGCGGGUCCGGCUCGGGUCUGCCGCUCCUCGUGCAGCAGACCAUUGCGAAGCAGUUGGCCAUGACGCAGUGCGUGGGGAAAGGACGCUACGGUGAGGUAUGGCUCGCCCGAUGGCGUGGCGGUGAGAAGGUGGCGGUAAAGGUGUUCUUCACGCUGGAGGAGGCAUCUUGGUUCCGCGAGACCGAGAUUUAUCAAACCGUCCUGAUGAGACACGACAAUAUCCUCGGCUUUAUCGCCGCCGACAUCAAGGGCACCGGGUCUUGGACGCAGAUGCUCUUGAUCACGGACUACCAUGAAAGAGGCUCGUUGCACGACUAUCUGCAAACAACGGUGUUGGAUCACCAGGCCCUGCUGGCGAUCUGCGUGUCGAUCGCGUCCGGCAUCGCGCAUCUACACACCGAGAUCUUCGGCACACAGGGCAAACCCGCGAUAGCUCACAGGGACAUCAAGAGCAGGAACAUUCUGGUGAAGAGAAACGGAGAGUGUGCCAUAGCGGACUUCGGGUUGGCUGUUCGCUACAUCAGCGAGAGCGGAGAGAUCGACAUUGCCCCCAACACCAGAGUGGGUACGCGGCGUUACAUGGCACCGGAAGUGUUGGACGAGACCCUGAAUACUACCUGCUUCGACGCGUUCAGAAUGGCGGACAUGUAUUCCGUCGGACUUGUGUUUUGGGAGGCGUGCAGGAGAUGCGUGACGGGCGGCAAGAACUCCAUGGUGGAGCCUUACGCCUUGCCUUAUCACGACGUCGUGCCGAGUGAUCCGGACUUCGAGGAUAUGCGCCUGGUGGUCUGCGUAAAGCGAUUACGUCCGGUUAUUCCGACAAGAUGGGACAAUGAUUCGGUCCUAUUCGCGUUAGGAAAGAUCAUGUCGGAGUGCUGGCAUGCGAAUCCAGCGGUACGCCUGACCGCACUCCGCGUGAAAAAGACGCUGUCGAAGCUACACGUCGAUAACAUCAGCAUCAAGAUCGUGUAGUGCCAUUGCGUAAAAAAACUGAAUCACUCUCCUUCUAGUUAAACAAGCAACUUCCUACCCUCUGUAAAUAUAUCCCUAGUGUACAUAGAACUGUUGACAGACUGCAGCCUGAAGACUGAAGACUAUGGUUUAUAAGUACAGUAGGAUAAAUGAAUGAAAGUGUGCGUGCGUGCAACGAAUGAAUAAAUGAAUCAAUGAAUAAAUGUGUGUCUCAUUGUGGAAGAUGAACAAGCUCAUCUCGCGAUGUAUAUAUUGUAUAUGUACAUACUAUAUAUAUAUAUAUAUAAAUUAUAUAAUUUAUAUAUAAAUAAAUAUAUAUAUAUAUAUAUAUAUAUAUAAGUUAUAUACAUAAUUAUAUAUAUGCAUAAAAUUGUUUCGUUAUCACACAGAGUGCGCUUAAAGUUAUACGAAGUUUUAACAACUUUACAAUCGAUUCUUUAUACAUUUAGUCUACGUCAUUUUUUCUUUUUUUUUUUUAAGUACCUCGAAACAUAUUUAUUAUCAUCGAUGAUUUUCGAUACAUACACAUGUUGCGCAUAGUUCCCGUAAGAAUUGUUGACCAUUGCAAAAUACGUGCGACAUACUAUACAGUGCAACGAAAUAGGGAUUUUGUAUGAAUUAAUUAGCAUUAAAUGAAUUUGCGGCUUGUCGCGUUAAACGAUGAAAAGUUCGCGAUACACACGAUUAACUCACGAAUACAAAGUGCAUGUAUUUAACGUGCAAGUCCGUAUUGCCUAUACAGUACGCGAUUUAUGUUUCUAAUUUGUACAAAAUACACACAUUAACCCUUUUUAGAAACAUUUUCGGCCAGCUCGACCGAUUCUUGCGUACCAAGAUCUUUCUUUUACGCCUUUGUAUGGGGAAGAUAAUUAGAAAGAAAGAAAUGUGGAAAGUAACCAUGUAUAGUGCAAUAACAAUGUAUAAUGUAUGUAAUGUUACUUUAGAAGGUAAAUGUGAGUUUGUAUAUCCCUUGGAACUUACGUUAUAUCGUACGUUUUACGACAUCAGAAAAUGAUUGGUAAUCGGGACGAUUGUUUACGGAGAUGAAGAGAGUUUAAAAAAAAAAACUGGGCUUUCGCUUAUUGAUUCGUGAUCGUUACAUCAUGUGUUAUUUCCUACGCGUAAACACUGCGAGGAUCACUGUUGUUAAAUGUCUCGCUUCUCUCGACAGAAAGCUAUUGUAAACAAACAAACAAAAACAGGGCUGUAGAAGAUAGAUAGUUGAUUGAAAACAAUGAAAUUUAUAUUUUCAACGAGUA